CACAGUCACGUGUUCGUCACAGUCCCAGGAAGUUCCCGCAGCACAGAGAGCUCGUUGCUAGCUGUCAAACACUGAAUCCUGUCGGAUAUCAGUUCAGAUUAACGGACAAUUAAACGGUUAAAACGGAAACAAACCACAACGUCUCGCAGAACAAUGGGAUGAAAUGCAUUUGUAAUUCGAGGAUCUGCGUUUUAGCGAGUUUAAAGGGCAAAAUAUGAAAGCUAACUAGCCAAAUGCUCAUGACACAUUCAUAACAAAACAAAAACAAAAGAGUUUCAGUGUUUUCUCGCUUAUUUUUAGACACUGGACCAACAGAGGACUUAAGAAGGAUGGAGUGGGACAAUUCUGGGACAUUUGACAAGAGUCAAGCUGAUUAACAAAGAAGUUAACGACAUGACUGCUGUGUAGUAGUGGAUUUGCUAAAUUCUGUUUGUUUACUAUUGUUUUGUCAGCUGCCAGCAGAUUCUACAGUGGUCGGCCUUUUUAUUUUCUAUUUUACCAUUUUUGGUUAUUUAUCUACGUGUGUUUGCUAGUACAUAAGAGCUCCAGUAUGCAUGACGCAUAUGAACCGGUUCCUAUUCUGGAGAAAUUACCCCUGCAGAUUGACUGUCUGGCGGCAUGGGAUGAUUGGCUCCUUGUCGGGACCAAACCGGGUCAUCUCCUUCAGUACAGGAUCAAGAAAGAUGCAGGCACAAAUAGGUUUGAAGUUACAUUAGAGAAAUCCAAUAAGAACUUCUCAAAGAAGAUUCAGCAGCUGUUUGUGGUUUCGCAGUACAAGAUUUUGGUUAGUCUUUUGGAAAAUAACAUCCACGUUCAUGACUUGCUGACGUUCCAGCAGAUAACUGUGGUGUCCAAAGCCAGAGGGGCCACACUGUUUGCCUGUGACCUGCAGAAGUCCAGCUCAGGUGAGGCCAAACUGCGCAUGUGUGUUGCAGUCAAGAGGAAGAUUCAGCUGUAUUACUGGAAGGACAGAGAAUUCCAUGAAUUACAGGGAGAUUUUGCCGCUCCAGACAUUCCCAAGUCCAUGGCUUGGUGUGAGAACUCUAUAUGCGUGGGUUUCAAACGAGACUACUAUCUGAUUCGGAUGGACGGACGUGGCACAGUCAAGGAACUGUUCCCCACGGGGAAACAGCUGGAACCAUUGGUGGCCCCAUUGGCUGAUGGGAAGGUAGCGGUGGGUCAGGAUGACCUCACGGUUGUUUUGAACGAAGAAGGUGUCUGCACUCAGAAAUGUGCCCUUAACUGGACAGACAUUCCUGUUGCAAUGGAGCACCAGCCACCGUACAUCAUUGCAGUGUUGCCACGGUAUGUGGAGAUCCGCACCCUCGAGCCCAGACUGCUGGUGCAGAGCGUAGAGCUGCAGAGACCACGUUUCAUCACCUCUGCUGGAUCAAAUGUUGUCUAUGUCGCUAGCAAUCAUUUUGUUUGGCGUCUGGUGCCGGUCUCUAUAGCCAGCCAGAUACGGCAGCUGCUACAGGACAAACAGUUUGAACUGGCGCUUCAGCUAGCGAAAAUGAAGGAUGAUUCAGAUGCAGACAAGAGACAACAGAUCCAUCACAUUCAGAACCUGUAUGCCUUCAACCUGUUCUGUCAGAAGCGCUUUGACGACUCCAUGCAGGGGUUUGCCAAGUUAGGCACAGAUCCCACUCAUGUUAUAGGACUGUAUCCAGACCUCCUUCCCUCUGAUUACCGCAAACAGCUGCAUUACCCCAACCCUCUGCCCGCACUGUCUGGAGCCGAGCUGGAGAAAGCCCACCUAGCACUCAUAGACUACCUGACACAGAAACGCAGUCAUUUAGUGAAGCAGCUGAAUGACUCUGACCCCUCUACCACCUCCCCUCUCAUGGAGGGAACCCCCACCAUCAAGAGCCGCAAGAAACUCCUUCAGAUCAUCGAUACCACCCUGCUCAAAUGUUACCUCCAUACCAAUGUAGCCUUGGUGUCGCCUCUCCUGCGCCUGGAGAACAACCACUGUCACAUAGAGGAGAGCGAGUACGUGUUAAAGAAAGCUCAUAAAUACAGCGAACUCAUCAUCCUCUACGAGAAGAAAGGCCUUCACCAGAAAGCUCUGCAGGUUCUGCUGGAUCAGUCUACUAAAGCCAACUCUCCCCUGAAGGGACAUGAGAGGACUGUACAGUAUCUUCAGAGGCUGGGUGUGGAGAACCUGGGCAUCAUAUUUGAGUUUUCACCGUGGGUUCUGAAGAUUUGUCCCGAGGAUGGACUGAAGAUCUUCACUGAGGACCUGACAGAGGUGGAGACUCUACCCAGGGAUAAGGUAUUGAACUUCCUGAAGGAGGGGUUCAAGGAGCUGGCCAUCCCAUACCUGGAACACAUCAUUUACAUGUGGGAAGAGACACGGCCCGAGUUCCACAAUGUUCUGAUCCAGCUGUACCUGGAGAAGGUGCAAGGCCUCAUGAAAGUGUACCUCAACUCACUGCCUGAAGGUGUUUCAGCUGUAGCUGCAGGAAAGGAGGCGGGAGAGCUGGGAGAAUUCAGGAACAAGCUUCUGACAUUUCUGGAAGUUUCCAGCAGCUAUGAGCCAGAGAGACUCAUCAGUGAUUUCCCAUUUGAUGGUCUGUUGGAAGAGAGGGCUCUGCUCUUGGGUCGUAUGGGGAAACAUGAGCAGGCUCUCUUCAUCUAUGUUCACAUUCUGAAAGACACGCGUAUGGCUGAAGAGUACUGCCACAGUCAUUAUGAUCUAACAGCAAACGGCAAUAAAGAUGUGUAUCUGUCCCUCCUGCGCAUGUAUCUGUCUCCUCCGGAUGUGCACUUCCUCGGCCCCAUUAAGAUGGAGUUAUGUGAGCCACAAGCGAACCUCCAGGCGGCCCUGAACGUUCUUCAGCUCCACCACAGCAAACUGAACACCACCAAAGCCAUAAACCUGCUGCCAGCCAACACACAGAUCCGCGAGAUCAAGGUCUUCCUGGAGAAUGUGUUGGAGGAGAAGGCUGGAAGGAAGCGCUUUGACCAGGUCAUGAAGAGCCUCCUACAGGCUGAGUUCCUGCGGGUGCAGGAGGAACGUAUCUUUCACCAGCAGGUGAAGUGCGUCAUCACAGAUGAAAAGACCUGCAGAGUGUGCAAGAAGAAGAUCGGAAAUAGUGCCUUUGCCAGGUAUCCAAACGGUGUGGUGGUUCACUACUUCUGCUGUAAAGAUCGCAGCAUGUGUCCAGCAGAGUAGUGAAAGGCCGGAGAUGGCGGACACGCUCCCUCAGCUGAACACAGAGACCUCAGCAAACAUGAAGCGUCUGUGUGAAAACAGCAGCCUGACGCGCUGCCGAAGGAAACGCCAGUCUGGAUAUUCUGCUCUCUCUAUCUGUCUCUCUCUCACUCACUCUUUCCAGUGCAAUGGCAAAGACCACACAUCUGUCUGAUGUAGUUCAUCUCAAAACUAUGGACAGUGAGACUUAAUUCAGAUUUAUGAAGUGCAUUACCCUAAAAGCUUUUACACAAACUGUGACGUCCUUCUUUCCCCUGAGAAACGCUUAUCUUCUCUUUUCCCUCACAUCCCAUCUUUUCUUCUUUACUUACAGUGCACUCUUUCAUUCAACAUGACACUUUGUCCAAUGCAUUUAGUGGAAAGUAAAGGCCUGUGUUUGUAUGCACCAUCCAGGCUCACAGGACUCUCAUUCUGAGCUGGGCUUGUAGGUGCUGCUCUGCUUCGCUCUGUUAGCUUGAGAUGAAAUCAGACACCAGAUAAAAACCUUAAUGUGGCCCCCCGUACAGAAAGGGCAGCGCUUGCACACCUACUGCUAUGAGCCGUCAGACGGAAGGAUGAAUGCUUCCUCUAGUUGCAUGGACGUUCAGAGAUAACUUACAGCUAGAAGUCUGGAUGUGUAGCUUGUUUUUAAGCAAUGCCAAAAAGCUUGGUGUUGUGUCUUAAGUUUUCUAGUGGCAUGGAGAGCUUUACAAUCACAGUAGUGUGCCACUUUUUUGUCUGGUUACUCUAGUGGCUUUAAUUUAUUAUUAACACACUGUCUAAACAUGUCCAGGAAUGUUUCGCCUAUGUGUGCAGUCGUGUCGCCCAAAUGGGCACCAGUAUUUCUCUAGCUUCCUAAUACAUGUGUCCAAUUAACACUUGUGCUUUCAGUUGACUGUAAACCAUGACCUGGACUGUUGCUCAAACAAAGGCACGCUCACUUACAUUAAACCAUUAUGAGAGACCUGAAAUGUUUAGGUGGAAAUGGAUGUGAAUGUCAAGAUUGUACAUUGAAUCUGAGGUGCAAGACGAAUCUAAUAAACAUGUAUCUUCUCUUA